AUGGAGGAGCUGUUCAUGCAGGUGUUCGAGCGGCGGGACUGGGUGGCGGCGCAGAUGCGGCAGCAGGUGGACUCCUACGACCAGUCCCUCGCCUGCGCGCUCCUCGCCGCCGGGCGCCGCCCCCCGCCGUGGCUCCUCCCGUCGCGCCCCGGUGCGCCGCAGGAGCUGAAUGGCAGACCGAGUAUAUCAGAGUUUGUUUUCCUUGGAAGCCAUAUUACUACACCAGCAAUCGAUAGAACUAGCUAUCAGCCUCGAGCUGUUCAUAGUACUUCCUUAAGAAAUGUGGGAGUUCCAAGUGGAUAUAGCAACCUAGGGACUGCUUGUACUACUGUGGAUACUGACCAACACCAAGAGGUCCAGCCAAAGGAGACUAAAUUUAACGAGGAGUUUGGAAACAAUAGAGCUGAAGCCAGCAUGUUUUCAAGGAUUCAACGUUCCAGGUCGAGGCAAAGGAAUAUUGAGGACCGUUUACGUGAAAAGGAUCAAGCUGCAAAUGGUAGUAGUGGUGGUUUGCAAGACGUGACAGAGGGGUCUAAGCUUGCCGGUGUGGGGAUAAACAGUACCACUGAAUCGUCAUCCUCUGAACCUUGUGGUGCUGGCGGUGCAAACAAUGCUGGAACUACAUCAUGUUUUCUAGGCCAGGAGAAUGAUCUUAAUGCCAACAAGAGGAACUCAACUGAAUUCUUAAAGUGCAGUAAUGGAAAUGAAGGAGUUCGCUUAGAUUGUUCCCCAUCGAUGGUUCUAGAAAAUCACAUUACCAGUUCUGACAAUAAUGCCAAGGUUCCUGAUGACUGCUCUGCAAGAGAUUCAUCAAGAGCACAAGUUGCAGAUAGCAUAUGCCAUCCCCUCCCUGAAACUCAUCUAUUUGUUGAACCCAAAAUUCUUCAGUUCGAAGGUGUUGAAUCAGUAUGCAUGAAAUUUUCGAGCGAAAAAAUGAGGCAGUCACUGGAAAGUGCCCAUCUUGAUGUUUCUGAGGCACAUCCUUUAAAUGAAAGCCCAUCUUCUACCGGCUGUUAUCAUGUACCUUGUUCUACGGGAAGCUCAUCGCUUGCUGGUGUUGAAUUAGGAUUUUUAAACCCUGACAGUGCAACAUUGAAGCAGCACCCGCAAUAUAGCAGUCUUGAUCUUGCAACCACGCGUUCUCGAAAUGUGGACCCAUCUCCGACCAUUUCCUCUAAAGUACUUGAUUACAUGAGUGAUCCAUUAGUUGAACGGAAUGCAUAUUGUAUUCCUGAUAUUAAUUCUCUGGAAGGACAAUGUUCUAAGGUUGGCCAACUGCUUGAAAAGGAAGAAACAAAUGCAUUUUCUGUUGCCGAUCCAAUGCUUGAAACAGAUGCAUUGCAUUGCACAGAAAAUACAGAAAUAAUAAGAAAUCUUGUCACCCAUGAUUCCAAGCCUCUUGAACAACAAACCACUGAUUCUCAUGUUUUGCCUCAUCCAUGCAGUGGAUCUGUGCAGCUAGCUGAUAUUAGUUCUGGGCCUCCUUCAUUAGGAAUACUGCCAAAUAGUUUCUUGGAAGAGGAUGGUCUUGAUCACCUCUCCCAUUCUGAUACAAAUGAUACAAAUAGCCAAUGCUCCCCAUAUAGGGCUGCUGAAAGCCCAGAUCUGCUUCCACCUCGACACGUUAACUCUGGUGAUGUUUAUCGACAGAGCCUCUCUUGUUGUAAAUCACAAAAGAACAACAAAAAUUCCAAUGGUUGUGCUGAAAUUGAGGACAGCACUGUAUCCAUAGAAAAACCAUCGUCAUUCCAUGAGCAAUAUUUAUUGGAUAGACCACCUAUGGAACUCAAUGAAAAUUUUGCAGAUCAGGAUAUUCCCUUGGGACACACUCUGGGCACACAUAGUGAGACUCUCAAAGGAAAGAUGGUAGCCGUCUUGGUCAACUGCCAUUCAGGAAAGAUGGUAGCCGACUCUCAAAGGAAGGGUUUGACUGAAGCAUCUGUUUUUUCUUACAGAGAGAAUGAGUCCACGGGGCAAAAGGUUGCGAGCAAUAUUUCAACUGGUGCGAUGCACAUAACAGAAAGGAGUGGGUAUUCCGCCAUGAAUUGCACAGGUCCCCAACAAGAUGGAACAGAACGAGAAACCUCUCUUUUUGAUAGUGCUGUUCAAAUAAAUGCUAACCGAUGCACCGUGGAGAACAAUAAGCACAUGAAAUCUUCACGACCUUCUGUUCAAUACUCUUUACGGAGCUUGAUGUCACAUGAUAGAAGCAAUAUGCUCCAGUCAGAAGGAAGAAGUGCUGCAAGUGACCAGAAGAGGUCAAAUGCAGAUGGAGUUCAAGUAAACGGUGGCUCAUCAUCUAAAAGGAGAAGAAUAAAUCGUCAACCGGAUACUGCCCUAUCCAUCUCUCCUGACACAGAUUCAUUGUCGGCGAACCACCAAGUUGACAUUGAUGGUCAUGUGUUAACUCUGGAAUGUUUCUCAGGGAAGUCUCAGCCUUCAGGCCAUUACUUCUUAAGAAGUUUUGGAUCCUCUGAGUGCAUUCCUGACAAGUCAGUAAGGAAGAAUGCUGCAAGUCACUGCAAGAUACCAGUGUCAAAUACCCAUAAUAAAAAUAGCUGUUCUUCUCCUGAAAGAAACAAGAAGGGUAGUCUAGAUAAUGAAAAUGGGACUUCUCCAGGACAAUUACAAAAUACAUUAGAUGUUGUGAAAACAACUACUGCUUUGCCCAGCUGCUAUGGUACCCUAAUUGAUAAUGAGGCAUCAUGCACAGAAGAGGAAAAUCCUUGCUUAGAAGGUAAACACACAAAUGAUGCUAAUUCGAGUGUGGCACACCAGCAGAUGACUCUUCAGAUAGAUAACAUUGCAUCUCAGAGUGUAAUUUUAGAUUCAAAAAAUUAUUCUAGAGUGAACUCAACUACUAUGUCUCCAAGCUGUGUUUCGGAUCAACAUGGUGAUCAAGCGUAUGCACCAAGUGCAUUGGUUCAUGAGAAUUUAAGUCAUGGCUCCAGUUCAGAGGUUGAUAGGGGAUGUAAAAGUAAUGGUUCAGAAGGGUGUUUAUUGUCUGCUACUGCUAUUACAAGGCAAGAGGGGGAUGAAUAUAUCAACUGUGAUGACACAAUGCCAGAAUUUGAGCGAUUUGAUGUUCCUAUCCAAUUUGACAGCCCAAGUGUAGAUAGAAGGACAUCUGAAGCCCUUUGUGAGUCCAGAAAACUAGUCACCCUCAGUUCAAAGUUCUCAUAUUAUGACACUAACACAGCAAGUGGUGUACACCGGCUAUUGUCAACCAUGUCUGGGAAGCCUAUAAAAUGCCCCUUCCCUGAUGAUCUACAACAAUACAGUGCAAAUAAUGAUAGAAGCAUAAACGACAUUUUUGGACCAUGUGGAUUGGGAUUUGAUGAUUCCCUUUCUAUGUAUGAUGUCGUGGCUUCAUGUUCUUCAAAUUCUAGCAACAGACAAGAGAACAAUGACAAUCCAUUGACCCCAUCAGUUGAAAAAUAUGGCCUGGGGAAACUAUCGGCUAAAUCUGGAUCUAGUUCAGAACAAAUGGGCUCUAUUCCUGAACUAGAAUGCUUCCGAAUUGAUGAACAUAGCAGCAUCGCAGAAGAAAAUGAGCACCAAGGGAUAUUACACGGAUCUGUUGGUUUGAAUUCCUCAGAUCAGUUGCCAUCUGGCAGAAAAGCACUGCAAGAUAUCACUGGAUUAUGUCAAAACACUGUAAAUUCUGCCUCUCUUUCCUCAAUAUUCAUGGAUACAGGUAGUGAGCUCAAUCAUCCUGCAGAUAUCAUAAGUGAUCAUGCAAGCGAUAAGCCGAAUGAUAGUCUUGCUACUUCAACCAAGAGAAAAGGGAAAGUAUCUUGUUCCCUUCGUCCUAGAUUAAGGAGGACAGAACUGCAUAACAGAAAUGGAGGACAUCAGAGUGAAGCCAAUAUUGACAAACAAUCUAAGCCGAGCAAUAUUGUUGCAAAUGUGGCAUCCUUUAUACCUCUCGUAAAACCAAAGUUGCAACCUACAACUGCAUGUGUGAAAAAAGAUGUCAGAGUGAAGGCACUUGAGGCAGCUGAAGCUGCAAAACGUCUUGAAGAAAAGAAACAAAAUGAACGUGAAAUGCGCAAAGCAGCUGCAAAACUAGAGCGUGAAAGACUGAAGCAAGAGAAACAGUUAAAGCAAAAACAGGAAGAGGAACAAAAGAAGAAGAGGGAUGCUGAUGUGGCUGCUAAAAAGCGGCAAAGGGGAGAGGAAGAAAGGAAGGAAAAAGAGAGAAAAAGAAAAUGCACUGAGGAGGCUUGGAAACAACAGAAGCAGCCUACGGAUAAAAAGCAUUCUGUGAAUGAUGAGAAAGAUGCUCAUCACAAAACAUCUGAUAAUAAGGAGCUGAGAAACGAUUUAGUUGAUGCUGUAAAGGUCCAAGUUAAACCUGAUGGAAGAACUACUGCACCUGCUCUUGAAUAUAGGACCACUAAUUGUAACAACGAGAAGGGUGUGGUAGUAGAUGAGAGACCUGCAAGUAUUGGAUCUCAUGCUACGACAAGUAUUCCAAACAGUCUUGAGGAGCCAUAUCAAAUGUCUCCAUAUAAGGAUUCUGAUGAGGAAGAUGAUGAUUUUGAACAUGAAGAAGAAUCAAGACGUAAAAGGAAAUUUAUUCCUUCAUGGGCUCGGAAAGAAAACUUGGAUAAGCUCUUAUUGGCCAAUCAUACUUUAGACCCUAGAGAAAUUUUUGCACAGAAGUGCUCCUUCAACUUAUCUUAUGUUCUUCCAGUCCACACUCCACAACGUGGCUUCAGGUGAAGUUCCCAUUUGACGGGCUAUUGGCAAUACGUCGUUGCCAAAUUACAUCAUCAGAAGUUGUGCAUAUGCUUGGACGUCAUUUUCCUGUAUGCUAGAAAAUUUAUCAAUGCAGCAGAACAUUUUUUUUUAUUUGGAGUAGAAUGUAGCAGAACAUUUGUUGCCACAUUUGUAUACAUAUUUGGGCAUCAACAAUUUGUACCACCCGAGUUAAGUUUAUAAAGACCUUUCUGGGCAGUAUAUUAAUUACCGAGAUUAUGGAUAUAAAUCAGACUGCAAAGUGA